ACCUGUACUACUUUUAAAAAAUUGAAAGGCAACAAAUCGUCUCACUCAAAAAUGAAAGCGUGGCUUCAAUGCAGCCACGACUGCUUUUCAUCCCUCAUUUGGGAUGAACCCGUCACAUUAUUCUUGCAAAAAAAAAACUGGAAGAGCAAAAUUGAGCAUACUACCACUUUUUGUUAAGAAAGGUGCUGUAAAUAAUGAAAGAUAAUACUAUUCCUCUUGAACUGAAUACAGGCCAAGGUUCCAAUCGGUUCAAAUAUCAAACCUUCAAAACCAGAGUAGAACGUAUUAAGGUUGACGUUGUACGCAGAUCUAGAGUUGUCGAUGACGAACCCGAUGAGCAUGGAUCCUUCUUUUAUGAAGCAUUGGAACAAUGGAAAGAUUUGAACAUGACCAGACACUUUAGAGACUUUGGCAAAGAGAUAACUCCUCUUGUCAAAUCUUUACCUUCUAUUAUUUAUCAUAAAGACGAAAUCAUCAACAUUCUCGAGAAACAUUUGAAAGUCAAGGACAGCAUGGCCUUGGAUGGUCUCUUGGAUUUGGUAACGAAACUCGCCAAGGAUUUAGAAGGUGAAUUCUACCCUUAUUACACUCGCAUGUUAUCAUGUGCUCUUCCUUUAGUAUAUCACCAGGAUAUCAAAUUAUUAGAGAGUGUCUUCAAUUGCAUUGCUUAUCUUUUCAAAUUCCUUUCAAGACAAAUUCUUCCCGACUUAAACGAAACUUUUAUUUUAUUAGCUCCCUUAUUGGGUGAAGACAACCAAGCAAAACCCUAUGUUCGUCAUUUCACCGCUGAAGCAUUUGCCUUUUUAUUACGUAAGGCACGUGGAUUAGAUUUGUCAAAAAUCAUAAAGUGUAUUCUUGAGACUUUAAGAAAGGACCCAUCCGAGCAAUUUGAAGAAGGUUUAGCAAUGCUUUUUUUCGAGUCGAUCAAGCAAAUCGAUCAUCGUCUCCAUUCUAGAGGUGAAGCAAUUUAUAAGGAACUUUUGAUCCAAUCUUACCAAGAGAAUGUAUCAGUUGAAGAAUUAUCCACAAAUUCUAUCCACAACCUUUUAACAAAAACUACGCUCUUGACGCUUCAUCAUACUUACAGACAACAUUAUACACCUAUUGUCGAUAUUGUAUUAAAUGAAUUAGAUAAGCAGCUCAAGGAGUCAGAGCUGAAUGAAAAGGUUCUCGCUAUUCAAAUGUCUGUUUUGACCAUGUUUGUGACAGUGCGUAAGGGUAGUCGUGUAGAAGAUUUUAAAACAGUUGUUUCUCGUCUCCAAGCAGUUACUAAGGCCGUAUUCAACGGUAAAUCAUAUUCCAAGUUCCUAUACUCUCAAGUACUUCGUACUAUCAUCGGUACUUUGUUCCAUGGAUCUCUUGAGGUUGUCAUCAGUGGUGGUCGUGUCAUUCUGGAAACUCUUAACCAUUUUGACGAUAUUGAACUUAUUUAUGGAUUCUAUCUUUCUUUGGCUAAAUUAGGCUGGCCCAAUUAUACACAAAUCUGUUUGCCUUAUAUCAUCAAGUAUACAUCAAGCCAUUUUGAAGGCCAUGCUUUUGAGACUAUUUUAUUCUUGUCCGAAAUUCUGUCUACAAAUGCCUUAGUAUUAAACGCUGGAUCAUUAUCCUCAACACUUACAGCAGAUGGUUUAUUACGUUUCCCUGCAGCUGACGGUAAAAAAAAGUCGAUGGUCGAAGGAAUUUUAGACAUAAUGAACACUGGAUUCGAUUGGGCAAAGGAAAGGGAUAUUUUGAAUGCCACAGAUAUGAAGUCUGAUAUAUCCAAUAUGUCUGCCAUCAGUAUUUUGGCCUCUGCUCUUCGCAUUUUGCCUAAAAUCCAAGUUUCUGUCGAUAAGGUUUUCAAUGUAUUGAUGUCCUUAUUUGAAUCCCUUUCGGAAUUCUUGAAAAAUGAUGCAGUCAAUAAUGAACUUGUAGAUACACCUUAUGUGUUAGGUCACAAGAACUACGUGUUAGAAUCGCUUAUGGGACUUGUUCUUGAAUCCUUAGCUGGUAUCGCAGCUCAUAAUACUGGGGUUUUGGAAAAGAUGAAGGAAAGUCAUAGUAAGUUGGUCGACCAAGUCUUAGUGGAUCAUUCCAAGAACGAGGUUGUUCUUUCUGGUAUCUACGGAUAUUUAGACCUUCUGUAUUCUGGUAACGUUGACAACGAAAAGUUCUCAUUGAAAAAUUUGGAAAAAAUUUAUCCUAUUUUAAAGUCAAACUUCAGUUCAUACCACCGUAACUGUCGCUUGAACACCCUCAAAAUCAUUGCAUUAUACGACCAACCUUUGAUGAAAAAGGAUGAUGACCACAAGCACGACGAAACAUGCGAAAUUGCCCGUAUUGCUUUAAAUAUGGAGCAAGUGGAUGCCAACUUUAAAGAGUUCCGUGAUAAAGUCGUCUUGAUCCAAAAACUGAACCUUAUCACCAGCUCUAAGCGUACACCUGAUUUAUUUGCCGAUUUUGCUCCCCGUUUGAGUUUGGGUAUCUUGACUAUCAACUUACGGCCGCUUUGGGAAGAAGCCAAAAAGAUCUUGAUUACCUUUUCUCAAGUCAACCCUGAAAUGUAUUGGAGUUUGAUCUUUGGUGAAAUUUCUAAAUUUGAUGAUGAAAAGAGUUUGCUUUGGGAUGGAUUUAACAAGUCUGUCUUGACAAAAUUAGAUACGACCGAUGAACCGGAGAGUGGAAAUGCCACAAAAACUGGAAAGAUUUCUUUUGAAUGUCCUACUUUUAACAAAUUUAUGCAUACUGAAGACAGAGCUUGGUCUAUCAUGAAGGGCGAAAGAGCUCAGAGUCUAGCCUUGUUAUUUGCAGAGUUGAGCAAACAAGAGCGCGGACACAUGGAUUUCUGGAAUUAUUACAACAUGAUGCUUUUAAUUUUAAAGGACACUCCUGUUAUUACAGAAGCUAAGGGAAGAAAUCUGGUCACCGUCUUUUUCAACUUUUUGGAAAACGAAUUCACAUCAGCACCCGAGGAGGAUGACGAUGAAGAGGAAACCGAAAACCAUCAAACACAGAACAAUCAAUUCACUGUCUUACAAAAAUCCAGUAAGAUUACCAAAACCAAAAUGGCUAACUGGCUUAGUCUUUUUGCUGUAUUCAAGAACACCAAGAGUGUUUACAGAACUCAAGAAUUAAAUGCCGCAUUUAUGCGCAUCAUUGCUAUGGGUGACAUUAAACUUCAAACCGCAGCUCUUGAAUGUAUCUUCACAUGGAAAGACCCCAAUAUUAAGCCCUACGCCGAUAAUCUUCGUAACUUGGUCGACGAUAUUAAGUUCCGCGAUGAACUUGCCACUUUCAUUCAAAACGAAGAACAAAUUCAGAUUGAUCCUGCCCAUCGUGACGGUUUGAUGCCUGUUGUUAUGCGUGUCCUUUAUGGUCGUCUUAUUCAAAGAAGUAAAGCCUCCAGCAAAAGUAGUAAAAAUGCUCGUAGAAAGAUUAUUCUAGGUGGUAUUUCUUGUUGUAAAACCAAUGAAAUUAGAUACUUUAUCGACCUGGCUUUAGAGCCAUACAAGGCUAUUUUGGAACUUCCCGGUAUGGAGACCAAUGAAGACGGUGAAGUGACUAAAUUCGAAUUCUCCCCUGAAGGUAGACAUAUUAUUGAAACCAUUGCAUGGAGAAAACAAACUGGUCUUUUGAAUUUGUUGGAAGAUACCAUCAAGCAAUUUGCCACUCAUAUCUUACCUUUCUUACCUGACCUUCUCAAGGUUGUCCUGUAUAUAAUCAAUUUUGUUCACAGUCAUAAGUCCAACGACGAUAUGGAUGUCGAUGGUCAAGAAGUUUACGCCCAAAGUACCAAGUCUAAAGAUGUCAAGGCAUUGGCUUUAAAGCGUAUUGUCGAUAUGUUUAAAAUCAACGGUAAUUUCAAUUUCACGCCAUUUGUACCUGCCAUGUUCUCUGCAUUUAUUUCACCUCGUCUUGCUACCAUGCCUUCCGACAGUUCUCAAGAUUUAUCUGCUAUAGUCAAUCUCUUUUUGGUCUGGUCCAAAGACAUUGAAUAUGCCCACUACCUUGUCGAUUAUGAUGACCGAGUUAUUCCUCAACUUGUUUCCACAUUAUCUGUUAAGAAUUUGAAUGAACAUGUUCUCCAUGUAUUAUUGGAGAUUCUUGAAUCAAUCUUACAGCUAUGUGACGAAGAAAUGGAAGUCGAUGGUAUCCCCUCACUCAAGGAAAAACUUAUUGUUCCUCAUGUUGAUCUUAUUCUCAGCGAUCUUAAAUACCGUCUUACCGAAUCCAAAGAUGAUGCCAAGUUUGGUACAGGGCGAUACUCUGUUCGUGAGAUUUCAAUUGCUGCUCGUAUUGCUCCUUACACAAAGAACGGUGAACAAGCCGCUACAAUUAUUGAACUCUUAUUACCUAGUUUGAAAAAGCCUUCUCGUACCAUCCCCGAAAAAUCCAAGCAAGAUAUCUUUACCAUCUGGGCUAGAUUUAUUCGCAUUGUUCCUGGUUUUGAAACUGGCUCUACACUUUAUCAUCAUUACUAUGUGAUGGCUUCUUCCAUGUUUGCUACCGCUUACUCUCGUGAAAGUCGUCUUGGUUUAUUGGAUGUGUUCCGGGCUUUUGCUGACGUCAACCCCGAACUUGUCAAGGUCAGCGAGUUAUUAACCAUGUUAAACGCAUAUUCUCAAAAGCGUAUCGACCAACCUGAUUACGAUACUAUGCUUGAUGCUCUGAGUAGCAUUUCCGAGACUUAUUGUGAAACAUUUACCGUCCAUCAAUGGCUUCCCAUUUUACAUCAGUUGACUCAUUGUAUGCAUGAUCCCGAGGAAAUGGCUAUUCGUGGCACAGCUACUCACUGUAUGACACGAUAUUUGAAGGUUGCCAGUCAACAAUCCGAUGAAAAUGAAAAGCGUAAGAUGAUUGGCUAUGUCAACCAUGUUAUUUUCCCUGCUAUCAAGCGUGGUCUUCGUUCUCGUGUUGAACUUGUCCGUAUGGAAUUUAUUGGAUUAUUGUGUGCUUGUAUCAAAACUUUCCCCGAAUUGCCUGUUUUUGAAGAUAUGGUUCCUUUACUUGGUGAAGGUGACGAGGAAGUCAAUUUCUUCAACAAUAUAUAUCAUAUGCAAAUUCAUCGUCGUACUCGUGCUUUGCAACGUCUUGCUGAAUACGCCACUGAAGCAAAGCUUAAAGUCGCUACAAUCAACAAUAUUUUUGUCCCAAUCAUCUCUGCAUUCUUUAGCGAAAGUGAUCGUACUGUUGACCACAAUUUACUUCACCAAUGUACCUUGACAUUAUCAGCAUUAACUAAGAUCCUUCCAUGGAAUCACUACUAUCGUAUUUUGCAAAACUACUUGGGCUAUAUCAAGGAAGACAAUGAAAAAGAAAAAGUCUUUGUUCGUGUUGUAAUCGGUAUUUUGGAUGCUUUCCAUUUCGAUCUUCAAGAUAUUGAAUUAUCUGACGAAGACGUAAAGAAAAUUAUGGGUCGCCAAAAGGUCCGUAUCCAAUAUUUGACUCAAGAUGAAAUCGUUAAGCAAGCUGCUAAAGACGCCGGUAUCGUUGAAGAAGUUAAAGAAAACGAAGAAGGAGAAGAGGAAGAUGUUGUUGCCGAGGUUGAAGUCAAGGAUAAAAACGAGAAGAUCCACGACACACUUGUUUCAAAGGUCUUACCCGAAUUAAACAAUCUCUUGAAUAAUAACAAGAGUAGAAAAUCCGUUAUUGUUCGUGUUCCCCUUGCUCUUGGUAUCGCCAAGCUUUUGUGUCAUCUUCCCGAAAAGUCCAAACGUAUUAAUUUGCCUGGUCUUUUAACAUCUGUUUGUCACAUUAUUCGUAGUAGAGCCCAGGAUGUCAGAGAUAUCACCCGCGAAACACUUAUCAAGAUUAGUGCUUUCUUGGGUCCUACCUAUUUCAACUACAUUGUAAAGGAACUUCGUGGUGCUCUCAAGAAGGGUUACGAAAUGCACGUUUUGGGUUAUACUGUUAACUCUCUUAUCCUCGACAUGAUGCCUCGUUUAAAGGUUGGUGAUCUCGAUUAUUGUUUGGGAGACAUAGUCGAUGUUCUUGUCAGUGAUAUCUUCGGUGCCACUGGUAAAGAAAAGGAUACAGAUGAGAUGACUGGUAAAAUUAAGGAAGCCAAGAGUCGUCGUAGUCCCGCUUCUUUUGAGCUUAUUGCCAAAAUUACCCACUUCAAGAACGUUGGUUUACUCUUGGUUCCUAUUAAGGAGAUCAUGUCAAGUACCGAAAGUGGCCGUACCCUUAAGAAAGUCGAAGAUCUUCUUCGCCGUAUAGCUAUGGGUCUGGUGCACAAUCCCGAAUUUGAAUCUUUAGAAUUGCUCGAUUUUGCUUAUGGUUUGAUCGACGAGAGUUUAGAAGACUUUAAGGCUAAGGAGAAGGUCACGGUUGUUAAAACUCAAAAAGAACUUAAUUUCGAAGUCCAAAUGAAACGUGUUAUGGUUGAACCUGUUGAAUAUUAUCGUAUGAACGCCCAUCGAUUUGUCUACUUUGGUCUUAGUUUAUUAUCUACUGCUCUUAAGAAGAACAAGUUUGAUUUGAACGACGAAGCCUAUGUUUCCCGUUUAACGAAGCUUGUUAAUUCCGUUGGUAACGUUUUAUACGUUAGUCAGUCUGCUAAUGUUGUACUCGCUGCUCGUAUCAUGUGUCACUUUAUUGCAAUGAAGAUCCCCAACAUCGAAUCCGCCAUUAAGGUUUCUAUCAAUAGAUCCUUCGAUUUGAUCAAGUCAUCUGGUGGCUCGCAAACUACUGUAGUCCAAGCUUGUUUAAGAUUAUUGACUGUUUGUAUUCGUGACAAUGAAAAAUCCACAUUGACAGAACCCCAAUUGACUUAUAUCCUCAACUUUGUCCGUCCCGAUAUGGAAGAAGUUGAACGUCAAGGUACCAUCUUUGCUUUAGUUCGUGCUAUCAUCUCUCGUAAAUUCAUGGCUCCCGAAAUGUACGAAUUAAUGGAUAAUAUUUCGAAUAUCAUGAUCACCAACCAAAGUCGUGAAAUUCGGGAACAAGCUCGUUCAGUCUAUUUCAUGUUCUUGAUGGAUUAUCCUCAAGGUAAAGGUCGUCUCAGAACUCAAAUGAGUUUUAUUGUCAAGAAUUUGGAAUAUGUGUUCGAAACUGGUCGUGAGUCCAUUAUGGAGUUAUUGCAUCAUAUCAUUUCUAAAUUUGGUGAAGAGGUACUUGCCGAGUUUGCUGAUUCCAUCUUCUUUGCCCUUGUCAUGCGUCUGAUCAAUGAUGAUUCUUCCAAGUGUCGUGAAAUGGCCGCUGCUCUUAUCAAGUCUCUUUUGAGUCGUAGUACUGAGCGUAUGCCUACAAUUUAUAAAUUGUUGAAUAACUGGCUCGGUGAACAAUCAAAACCUAAUUUACAAAGAGCUGCUUGUCAAGUGUAUGGUUUGGCUAUCGAUACUUUCGGAACUCAACUUCGCCCUCAAGCUAGUGGUUUGAUCAAGCGCCUGGCUGUUAUCUUGGAUGCUAGUAGAAAACGUGCCGAAGAAUUAGCCUCUGAGGAAGAAGACAAGUUUGACGAAGAUGGUAUGGACGUGGAAAUCCAAUGGGAGGUUACUUAUUACGCUAUCAAUACAUUUGCCAAAAUUACAAAAACGUUUCCCAAAAUCGUAUAUGAUGUUGAAACUGAGCCUGUUUGGCGAGGUAUGCAAUACAUGUUAUUGUACCCCCAUUCUUGGAUCCGUUCUUCCUCUACUAGAUUAUAUGGUAUCUACUUUUCUGGAAUCGAAGCCGAAACUCGCAACAUCAAGGAUACAACGACCAAAUGUACAUAUUUAGACAAAGAAACGCUGCGUUUAUUGGCUUCUGAUUUCUUGGAACAAUUAAAGAGUUCCCAUGUUUCUCAAGAGCAAGCUGACCAAAUUGUCAAGAAUUUGUUCUUCAUCGGUAAAUGCUUUUACUACAUGUCCGACGAAGAGGAUGCUGAUGGUGAAGCUGGGGACGAUAUCAAGAUCGAUGAUGCUCAAGAUGAGGUUAUUGAGGAGGAUAAGCGUAGUGCUGAAGCUCAAAAGGCUAUUGCCAAGAUCUCUCAAGCUGCCCAUAAGAAAUCACUUAACUGGCUUUUUAGAAAGGCUUCUUUCGACGCUCGUGGAGCUGCUAUCAGAAAGAUCAAGAGUGCUAUGAUUCUUCGUUCAUCUAUUUUUAAAUGGUUCGCUGCCAUGUGUAACACAAUGACUGCUGAUGAAUUACCGCCUUAUUUAAUGCCCGUUGUUGCUCCCAUUUACCGUACUGUGAAUGAUGAACAAAACAAGGUUGCUGGUUUUGAGGAACUACAACAACUCGGUAACGAAAUCCUCAGCUUACUUCAAGUCAAAGCUGGCCCUACCGUUUAUUUCGCUGUUUACCAACGUGUACGUCAACAAGUUCUUAAGAGUAGAGAGGAACGUAAAUCUAAGGAAGCUAUUUUAGCGGUAACUAAUCCUGAACUCGCCGCCAAGCGUAAGAUUGAUAAACAUCAAAGAUCCCAGCAAAAAAAGAAACGUUCUCGCAACUUCUAAAAUUCCCCUCACUCCUUUUUGUAUUUUCCAUAAGCAACACUCAUAUUUAGAAUGUCCCCCACCCUUUCACCACACAUAAAAAAGUUCAAAUGUAUAGAAUAAACUGAACAUCAUCAUAAUAAAAUUAACUAUUAUAUAUGAAAACUGUUUUAAUUGGAUAUAUACA